GUAAUGUUGCCCCUUCGCGGGACUCCAAUCAGAACGACAGCAUGUGCGAAGAGCUGAUUCUCAGCGACCAUGACGAGCCCAGUCCGUCCAAAAGCACUACAACGGAGAGCCAGGUCACAGUGCGAUCCAGUCCGGUAGUGCCAGAAACCGUCCCAGUUUGCCGCCAGUGCCAUAAAAAAUGCCUUUCCAACAUCCUCAGCAGCAGUGAGCUCAGCCACUCUUGCGCUAAUCAACGAAACAACAACCACGCCCCUGCUGUGGGCGUGGCGCCAGCUCCGGCCAACCCCGGCUCAGAGAACGACUGGCAAUCCUUCCUUCUCCUAGGAAUAUGCGCCAAUCCGGUGGCCAGUCUAGUGAAGUACGACCCGUUUAAAACCCCGGAAAUUUCGGUGGCUCCGCCCACCCCGGAAAACUCAGUGAUCAGCGACGAGGGCGAAAAGCCCCGACUGUGCCUGACUAAUGGAACUUGCGACGACUCGAUGGAAAACAGGCAGGGGAGCGCGGCGCAGACUUCCGAUGAUGACUCGCCCCAAACCGAAGAACAUCCCUAUCAUUCCCUGAGCAAUUCGGUUCAGACUCUGAGGCGAUUCGGCACUCUUUCCAGUCUGGAGCAGUUUGGAUCUGAGGCGCCCGAUGACGCAUUUGAGACCAACUGCUCUUCGGAAGAGAGUCUGGAUGAAGACGAUGAGUGCUUGGGGCUGGACAAUGAAGCCUUCAACCACACCUCUAUCAUGAGCUGGACUGCGCGGGCUGGAAGCUUCGUUGCAGAGAAGAUGGCUUUUUUCGAAAAACUCGACUACCGGAGCGGCGGCGGGUUCUUUGAUCGCUACCUGAAGUCGCCGGAGGAGCUUAAGGUUAACGGAGACGAGGCUCAAGAGGAGGAAACCUCAGGAGGAACAUCUGGCGAGGAAGUUUGGGGCACGCCCACCAGCGGCGACUUGGACGACCCUCUGUGCUCGCCUUCUUUUGAGGGAAAACAAUCGCCAAACGAAUCCUACUCUUCAGACAACAUGGAUGACACAGAACUGAUGAUGGACGAGCUCCUGAUGGCGCCUCCGAUCACAGGGGCGAUUCUGCGCGGGCUUCUGCCUAGGCGCACCUUGGAGCCUCUGAUCGAGGAGGAUUUUUCUGAUAGCAGCUCAUCGCCGUCGUCUGAUCCGAUUUCGCCCCAGUCUGGAUCGUCUGAUCAGGACAUCCGAAGUGGAAGUGCUGCUGACACAUGUUUUCCGGAUGUUGCCGCAGUCGCACCAAACGGGUGGGCGCAGGGUGCCGACUUGCGCCCACCCCAGUCGAGCAGCUGGAGCGGAAGCGUUGCGACCACCACGUCUCCCGAGGAAAACGCCCGCCAAUCAGCCACAACCAGCCAGAGUCUCUCCUCGGAGUGGGGAGAAGCCCAGAAGGUUUGCGCAGACGACGCGGGAUGUUGCGGAAAAGUAGGCGCUUUUCAGACAGCACGGCCCUCGCCGAAUAUGCCGCGAUCGGAGAGCUACCGCAAGAUAGUGGAGGCGGCGGAGGAUGCAGUCUUGGAGGCGGCAGAUAGCAGUAGGGGGCCCCCCACUCCGGUCCUGCUUUUUCGGCAUUUCCGUCCAGCAGCCAAAUUUGCCAGCAUUGAGCGGAUCCCACGGACCAAAAGCAUUAGAAUAUUCGAAUUUUUCAACGUUAGAAGGACCGAGCGUCGAAUAUACGAAAAGUAUCCCGCCAAUGCUCUGGCACUGAAAACGUUCCAAGAAGCUGAUGACUCUGACUCAGCGCCGUCCAGCGACUCGCCCAGCAAAACCCCAUCCAAGGAGUUGAAGGACAGCAGGAACGGCCGAUUUUGGAGGCAGCUGAGUCGGAGACGCACCAUAGAGAAAACGACAAAUUUGGCCUAGCAUUUGGUGCUGCCUAGUGUUUUAUAGACAAUACAAGCAACCAAAUCAAACUUUGUGAGGCUGAGUGGUUGAGGGGCGAAGGUUCACGAUUUUUUAGGCCCCGUAGGGGGCCUCAAACUCUUCCUACUCGCUUCACUUGGUUCUCAUCACGUCUGUUAAGUUUCUGAAAGUUUACCAGUUUUCUAGGCAUAAUUAGCCGAGAAAAUCAAUGUUGAAGGUGUUACCGAAUAAGCUGCUAGGCAAAGUAGAUUUAAGGCUGAUGUUGUUGAUUGAUCGCAAAAACUCCUGCUGCUGUCCCCUCGUUCUGGUUGGCAAACCCGAUAAUUUGCUCGCAGGAGUGAAUUGGGUUGCAUAUUGGUGCAUCCGCAGGAUUUUACCAGAGAGGCGCGUUUUUGCUGUUGACCGACUGAAAGUUUCAUGUUUCCUAUGCAAUGGAUCGAAGGUCUUUUUUAGAGAAUUAUACACGUUUAUCCGCAAUCUAGUUAAUGUGCCAGUGAGAGUUGAGGCUUUCCAGCAUAGCAUUCCACCCACAGGUCCUUUUCCGUAUAAAUUGUAAAAUAUAUCUCUAGCAUUAUGUAUUCGACUAGAAGGUGAUUUAUUCGUUAAAUGUUUUCUAAUAUUUCCCAUGAUUCAUUGUGAUAAAAAUUACAAUUUUGUACACUGAGUCUAGAAUAUUAAACAAAUGAUA